CAGGUAUAAAAGGCUUGUUUCCUAACCGGGACCACGUAAAAGUUUUCGCAUUUCCAACAAUCGACUCUUUAUUAUCAACUCAAUUGGUGGUUGACUACGAAAAGAAGAAAAAAGCAAAGAUUUUGAAUAUGUGGAAGAUUAUCUUUGCGGUUGGGUUGGCCUUUGUUUUUUAUCCUGGGUCUGAUGGGUAUCCAAAAAGCUUCCGUUACAACUUCCCACAAAAUGCGGCUUAUGAAAAUAUGGGCCGAACCAAUAAAUAUUUAAGAGGAAGCUUUGAUAGUAUUGGAGGUGGACAUUUAAUAGGAAGAAGUUUGGAUAGUAUUGGUGGGGGUAAUUUAUUGGGAAGAAGUCUUGAUAGUAUUGGAGGAGGUAAUCUUCAAGGAAGAGGGUUGGAUGGAAUUGGUGGUGGACAUCUUCAAGGAAGAAGUCUUGAUAGUAUUGGUGGGGGUAAUCUACAAGGAAGAAGCUUAGAUAGUAUUGGUGGUGGCAAUUUAUUGGGAAGAAGCUUAGAUAGUAUUGGAGGAGGAAAUCUUCAAGGACGAAGUUUAGAUAGCAUUGGUGGUGGUAACUUAAUAGGAAGAAGCUUAGAUAGUAUUGGUGGUGGCAACUUAUUAGGAAGAAGCUUAGAUAGCAUCGGUGGAGGCAACCUUCAAGGACGAAGCUUAGAUAGCAUCGGUGGAGGCAACCUUCAAGGACGAAGCUUAGAUAGCAUUGGUGGGGGCAACUUAAUAGGAAGAAGCUUAGAUAGCAUCGGAGGAGGAAACUUAAUUGGACGCAAUUUAUACACCAUCCCCGAUAAUCUAAACGAACGCGGAUUAAACGAAUUCCUCCAAAAAAUCAAAAACAAAUUUUAAUUUCCCUACAAUAUUGUUAAACUAAUUCAAAUUUAAUUCCGCGAGUCUUCAA